GGGAGGAGGCGGUGGCAGCGGCGGCAGGAGGAUGCUGAGCCCCGAGCGGCUGCCUGGGCCCGAGUACCUAGGUGAGGAGCGGGGCAGCCCGGGCCUCCGGCUGCGGUCCAGGCGUCAGAAGGGCUCGUUGGGGUUCCCGAGGGAGCCGCGCGCCGGCCUCGGGGCCGCGUGUGUGGCGGAAUGUGUGGGCAGCUCGGUGCCCGCCUCAGCUCGGCCGGGGAGCGGCACCGCGGGGCCGGGGUCUCCCUGAUGGCCUGAGGAGAGCGAGCUGCUCGUUUCUUCAGUGUCAGAAAGGGAGGGUGCUGCUCUUCGGCUGCGAGGGGGUCGGAAGGUGGGCUUUUCCUCUGAAAUGAAGCUCAAAGGCAUGUCCUCACGUACAUGGAGGAUGCAGUGAGCCAGCUGCUGGAGAACAGAGAAGAUAUUAGUCAGUAUGGCAUUGCCAGGUUCUUCACUGAAUAUUUUAACAGCGUACGUCAAGGAACACACAUUUUAUUCCGUGAGUUCAGCUUUGUCCAAGCUACCCCUCAUAACAGGGCAUCUUUUCUUCGGACUUUUUGGAGAUGUUUCCGAACAGUGGGGAAAAAUGGAGAUUUGCUGACAGCACAGGAAUACCACUGCCUGCUGCAGCUGCUCUGCCCUGACUUCCCAAUGGAACUCACUCAGAAAGCAGCAAGGAUUGUGCUGAUGGAUGAUGCUAUGGAUUGUCUGAUGUCUUUUUCUGAUUUCCUCUUUGCUUUCCAGAUCCAAUUCUACUAUUCAGAAUUCCUGGAAAGUGUGGCUGCUAUUUAUCAAGAUCUACUGGCUGGUAAGAAUCCAAAUACUGUGAUCGUGCCAACGUCAUCCUCUGGGCAACAUCGGCAGCGGCAACCCCCAAAUGACUGCAACCUGCCUGAUGGGGUGGAGGCAUCUCUCUUCUACCAGUGCGUAGAGUCCUUGUGUGACAGAUCAAAAUACAGCUGUCCACCUUCUGCUCUUGUGAAGGAAGUGCUGAGUACUACACAAAGACUGACCUUCUCUGGAUUCCUUAUGACACUUGCAAAGGAUCAGGGGAUCAACAGAGCCCUAGGGGCUUUGCCAGAUAAAGAUUUGUUUCUGGACCCUGCCAUGGAUCAGGAACUUGAAAAAUUGGUAGCUCAGGUCUCUGGACUUUCCAUCUCUGCUCCCACCAGCUCCAGCGGGGACACUGCUAAUUUUCAUGGCCGUAACUCUCCCAGGAUAAACUCUCCCUGGAAACCUCUCCAUCAUCGCCGAAAAAUAGAUGCUGAAAGUGAAGGCUCCAAUGAAGAGACAGACUCCUCUGAAAACUGAAGGUUGUGAGGGUGGGAACCUUUCUCAUCUUUGGUUUGUCCAGAGCUCGCUGUAGGUAUAGCACCUAUUCCCAGAGCAUCUGUUCUGACAGUGGGUUCUGUUCACAUCACCAGCUUGUGCGUGGCCGUGCCAGUUCCCACUGCCAGGUCCGCCUGUUCCUUCCCAGCAAGAAUGCUGCUAGUUUCCUAGAUCCAAAUUUGUGCAGCUCCUCCUCAGAAGCUAUUUCCAGAUGCAGUUAUGCUACCCUCUGCUGGCAAGUAAGACAAACCAGCAGAUGCUAGAUCUGCCUGUACUUGGAAAUAGCAGGGUGCUCUCUCACCAAGGAUCUCUCACAGUUCAGCAGGUGCUGGAGCAGUGGGAGUGCUGGUGCAGGCUGAUUGCCAGGUAGCUGUGUUUAAACUUGACCUAGACAAUAGAGUGGUUAAAUUGCCAGCGGCAGCUUUGCAUUCAUGCUCCAUUAUAAUUAUUCCUAGUAAAGCUGCACCUGCAUGUGAUCAAAGGUAGAGAAAUUCCUGAAGUUCCUCAAGUAGAACGCCACCUGUCACUGCUUCCUCCUCUCUGAGUCCAAGACAUGCCAAAGCAAAUAUAGUAAAUAAUAAGCGGGAUUUCAGUGGGUACUGCAUGGUGCUGUCUGGAUUCUCUGCUGCAGUUCCCUACUGGGAGGCCUCCCACUACCUCCAACAGCACGUUAAGCUUAUUUGGCAAAAGUGAGCUUUGGUGGGGGUGGAGAGAUGAAGUCUUGAGAUUGCUUGGUCACAACCAGUGGCAUGGCCUGCAAACAUACAGGGCACCUACUGGUGUUUGGUAGGCUGGCACUGGGGGAGAUGGAGGCAGCUUUUAAGCAAGUCCUAGGUAUUUCUGUAAAUACUGGCAUUGCAGCACUACAGUGUGGCAUGUACAGCUACAGAAAGAGUUACAGCCUCAUUGUGUUAAUGGUAACUAACUCCAUAGCCUGGCUGCUGCAGCCCUGAACCCUUCCCUAGCCAUGCUCCUGUGCCAUGGCUCGUGUAGACUGACAAGACACUCUGGUUUCUUAAGAGUCUUGGGGGAGCCUCCUUGCUCUUCCCUCCCAUAAAGCACUACACAGCAUGGGCUACUAAGAGUUGUUAACCCAAAGCUUAUUGCUGCCCUAAGCUGACUGGAUUCAGCACAUACUGGAACUAUUUUAAGAGUAAUCCCUUCACUACUGCUGACCUAGCUAUGGAGGUAGUGGGAGGUGUUAUUUAUUAUGUUAUUUAUUAGCAUGCCCUUUAACUGCACGUUCUCUCCCACCAAGUGACAACCAAAGCUGGAGAAUAAAACCUGCUGUGUAAGGCCA